AUGGCACAGGAAUUCAUGGAUAGGUUCAGGUUCAACACUGAGGCUGUCCCAGACAGAUUUUAUUUGAUGAAGUUGGAAAGGAAGUCAACAGAAACUUUCAGAGAGUAUGCUAUGCGGUGGAGAGCCGAAGCCGCAAAGGUCCAGCCCCCGAUGGCGGAAAGUGAGAUGACGACGCUUUUUGUACAAUCUCUAAAAGAUGCAACAUACUACGAAAGGUUGAUAAGCGUCAUCGGGCAAAAAUUUUCUGAAGUCAUCAGGAUGGGAGACUUCAUAGAAGAAGGUAUCAAGACAGGAAGAAUCACAAAUUUGGCAGCUUUGCAAGCAACAAGGAUACUCCAACCAAUUCAAGGGAGAGUUCCUAAUCCCCUUCCUGGAUGGUAUGACGGGACUAAGCGUUGCGCCUACCACUCAGGAGUUGCCGGACAUGAUACUGAGAAUUGCCUUACUCUUAAAGAUAAAGUUGAGGCGUUGAUCAAAGAAGGAGUCAUCCAGCUCAAAGGGGCUCCCCCAAAUAUAAAUGACAAUCCUCUGCCCAAUCAUGGUGAUGCAAAUGUGAACAUGAUCGCCAUUGAUGAAGAUUGUAACCUGAAAGGGACUAUUAUACCAGUCAAAAAAGAGGAAAAGGUUGAAUCAUCAGCCUUUAUCGCUCCUGUAAUUACUUUUCAAGUGAGGGCACCGAUUGAAGUGGAAAUACUCACUCCCCGCCCUAAGAUCACAGCCUUAGUUGCUCAGGCACCCUCUUUCAAUACCAAAGCAGUUCCUUGGAAUUACUCGGCUGAUGAAAAGAACAAAGGAAAAGCAAAGGUGGUUGUAGAAACUGUUGCUGCCGGGAUGACAAGAUCUGGGCGGUGUUAUGCCCCUGAAGAGGUAGCACGAGGAGCACCAAACAAAGAAAAUGGCCAAAAGAAAGCUGUGACUGAGGCUGAGGUUGAAGAAUUUUGGAGGAAAAUGCCAACCAAAGAAUAUUCUGUUGUAGAACAACUGAAGAAAACACCAGCCCAAAUUUCUUUGUUGUCAUUAUUGAUGAGUUCUGAAACCCAUAGGAGCGCUUUAGCAAAAGUAUUGAAUGAAGCUUAUGUUCCGCUUGAGACUUCCAGCGAGAAACUUUCAGCUAUGGUGGGAGAAAUCCUUGAAGCCCACAAAGUUUCUUUUCAUAAUGAUGAAUUGCCACCUGAAGGUUCGGUACACAACAAAGCGUUGAACAUCACCGUCAGAUGCAGGGACAAAUUCAUUUCCAAGGUAUUGAUUGAUGGAGGUUCAGCUGUGAAUAUAUGUCCUGUCACUACUCUCCGAGCCUUAGGGAUUGAUGUCGGGAAGCUUCGCGACAGUCAGGUGAGAGUCAAAGGUUUCGAUGGAGCCCAGAGAGGUGUCGUGGGAGAGAUUGACUUAGCCUUGGAAAUCGGACCUGUAGAGUUCAUGGUGGAAUUCCAAGUAAUGGACAUAUCUGCUAGCUACAAUUUGCUGAUAGGAAGGCCAUGGAUUCACAUGGCUGGCGCGGUUCCCUCUACCUUGCAUCAAAGUUUGAAGUUUGUUUGGAACCAUCAAGAAGUUGUGAUCCAUGGAGAGGGCAACAAUUCGAUUUAUCCCGAGAAUUCAAUUCCUGUUAUUGAAAGUGUAGAAAGGCUAGAUGGAUCUGUUUUCCAUAUUAAGGAAACCGUGUGUACUACUCAAGCUGAAAAGAUAAAGUUGCCACGCGUGCUUAUGAUGGUGGCGUGGGAGAUGCUGAAGAAUGGUUUUAAGCCUGGUCGGGGUCUUGGAGUGAACUUGAAUGGAAUAGUAGAACCAGUUCAGUUGCCCGGUCAGAAGGAUACUUUUGGUCUUGGAUACGAGCCCACUCUUGAAGAAAUGUCACUGGCUAGUCUCAGAAGGAAAGGUGAUAUUCCCUUGCCAAAGCCGGUCCCUCUCCUGAAUCAGUCAUUUUUCAAGGCGUCCGUCACCCAAAUACCAGAGGAAGCUGCUGAAGAUAACCUCGUGGAAAGUCUCAAGAACUUAUUCAUUGCCGAGGAAGAAGCUGAAUGCAAUGUGAUUCUGAACGAUUGCCCAGAAACUCCAACUAUCUGGGAUGCUGAGCCUGGAGAUGCUUUAAACAAUUGGACUUGUACCGCGCCCCCUGUUCUCCGGGAGUCUUGCAAUCAAACUAGUAAAUCUGCCGAUACUGUGAAUUUGACACGUAAUGAAACAAGCGAACCAAUUCUAAAUGCCGAACAAGAUUCUGAGGAAUAUGAAGAGGACCUGCAACCUGAAGACCUAACUAAGGAUUUUGAACAUUUUGAAAAUAAGCCAAAGCCAAAUUUGGAUGAAACAGAGACCAUAAACUUGGGAGACUCAGAAACUGUGAGGGAAACAAGAAUUAGUGUCCAUUUAACUCCGGCACAAAGGGAAGAAUUGAUCAACCUUUUGAGGCAAUAUAUAGACGUGUUCGCAUGGUCUUACGACGAUAUGCCGGGUUUAAGCACAGACAUCGUUUCACAUAAGUUGCCUAUUGAUCCAUCUUGUCCUCCGGUGAAACAAAAGAAGAGAAAUAUUAAACCGAAUUUGAGUUUAAAAGUCAAAGGAGAAGUCUCCAAGCAAUUUGAUGCAAAGGUUAUUCGAGCUGCGAGGUAUCCCACUUGGCUAGCCAAUAUCGUUCCUGUACCGAAGAAAGAUGGCAAAGUCAGGGUAUGUGUGGAUUAUCGGGAUCUCAACAGGGCCAGUCCGAAAGAUGACUUUCCCCUCCCAAACAUUCACAUACUUAUUGAUAACUGUGCGAAGCAUGAGCUGCAGUCAUUCGUUGAUUGCUUCGCAGGGUACCACCAAAUUCUGAUGGAUGAAGAAGAUGCUGAGAAAACGGCAUUUAUCACACCUUGGGGGUUAUACUAUUAUCGAGUAAUGCCUUUUGGACUCAAGAAUGCAGGUGCCACCUAUAUGAGAGCCAUGACUACUAUCUUUCAUGACAUGAUCCACAAGGAGAUUGAAGUCUAUGUGGAUGAUAUCAUCAUCAAGUCACGAAAGAGUUCAGAUCACCUGACGGAUUUGAAGAAGUUCUUUGACAGGUUGAGGCGAUACAAUUUGAAGUUAAAUCCCGCAAAAUGUGCAUUUGGUGUUCUAUUGGGAAGUCGUUAG